AUGCUGAAUUUCUGGAAGUCCUACGUGGUGAUUUUGCUCCUGUGUCUUGGGCUCUUGGCAUUUGCUGAUGAUGUAAAGCAUACCAAUAAUUGGGCCGUCUUGGUAUGUACAUCAAGGUUUUGGUUCAAUUAUAGACAUAUGGCCAAUGUUCUCAGUAUGUAUAGAACUGUGAAAAGAUUGGGUAUCCCAGACUCUCAAAUUAUUCUGAUGCUCAGUGAUGAUGUAGCCUGUAAUUCGCGAAAUUUGUUUUGUGGUAGUGUGUUCAACAACCAAGAUCAUGCAAUUGAUCUUUAUGGUGAUUCCGUAGAAGUGGAUUAUCGUGGUUACGAAGUAACCGUAGAGAAUUUUAUAAGAUUGUUAACCGACAGAUGGUCGGAAGAUCAACCAAAAUCGAAACGACUCUUGACAGACGAGAAUUCGAAUAUUUUCAUUUACAUGACAGGGCAUGGUGGUGAUGACUUUCUUAAAUUUCAAGAUGCUGAAGAAAUUGCAUCUGAAGAUAUUGCCGAUGCGUUCGAGCAAAUGUAUGAAAAGAAGAGGUACAAUGAGAUUUUUUUCAUGGUUGAUACCUGUCAAGCCAAUACGAUGUAUUCAAAAUUUUAUUCUCCUAAUAUCUUGGCAGUGGGUUCAAGUGAACUGGAUGAAAGCUCUUACUCCCAUCACUCAGACGUUGAGAUUGGUGUAGCAGUUAUUGAUAGAUUCACAUAUUAUAGCUUGGAAUUUUUGGAACAGAUUGAAAAAAACUCAACUGCAACACUACAGGAUUUAUUUGAUUAUUAUACUUUUGAGAAAGUUCAUUCUCAUGUAGGUGUUAAAACGGAUUUAUACCAAAGAAAUCCAAGACAUGUUCUAAUAACCGAUUUUUUCGCUAAUGUACAAAAUGUCCAAGCUGAUAAACGAAGUGAAGAGAAUAUUGAGGAAUCGAAAUAUAGCAAUGAUGUACUCACCAAUAAUGUACUGAAUUUGGCAGCAGAAAGAGAAUCUGACGAAAACAAAACUGAUGUGAGAGAAUCUUACAACAACAGCGCUAACCAUUUUAUCAAGACUCACAAAUUAAAUAAUGCAAUCACAGAUGAUUUCAGUAUAUCCUAUAAAACACGCAUAUUUGCAAUGAGCGUAGUUCUAUCACUUUUUGCGUGUGUUUAUUUGACGAAAGGUGUGAAAGCUCCAACAACGAAGCAACAACUGUUCUAUAUAUAA